GGGGUGUGGUGUCUCCAGCGGCGGGGCGGGCCCGUCCGUCAGAGCCGGGCCCCGCUGUAGGGCGCAGCGUGGAGCCGGCCCGGCCCCAUGCCGAGCGCCGUCGCUGAGCCCCGCCAUGGGCGGCUGCGUGGGGCGGCAGCGCCGGGAGCGGCCCGCCGCCGGCAACCCCCGCAAGCGAGCAGCCCGCAAUGAGCCUCUGAAGAAGGAGCGUCCCAAGUGGAAGAGUGACUACCCCAUGACAGACGGGCAGCUACGCAGCAAGCGGGACGAGUUCUGGGACACGGCACCUGCCUUUGAGGGCCGCAAGGAGAUCUGGGAUGCCCUGAAGGCAGCUGCCUACGCUGUGGAGGCCAACGACCACAGCCUGGCCCAGGCGAUCCUCGAUGGAGCCAGCAUCACCCUGCCCCAUGGGUCCCUGACGGAGUGCUAUGACGAGCUGGGCAACCGAUACCAGCUUCCUGUCUACUGCUUGGCACCUCCUGUCAACCUGAUUCUGGAGCGGAGUGAGGAGGAGGCGGCGGAGCCAGCUGAGCCCCUGCCCAACACCCGGCGGGAGUUUGCCCUCAAGGUGCGGCUCUCCACCGGCAAGGACCUGCGGCUCAGCGCCAGCAUGGGCGACACCAUUGGGCAGCUGAAGAAGCAGCUGCAGGCGCAGGAGGGCAUUGACCUGGCCUGGCAGCGCUGGUUCUUCUCGGGCAAGCUGCUCACCGACCGCAUGCGGCUGCAAGAGACCAAGAUCCAGAAAGAUUUUGUUGUGCAAGUGAUUGUCAACCAGCCCCUGCCGCCCAGGAACUGAGCUGCCCCCCGCACUGGUUGCGGGGAGAGAGCAGGGGGCUGGGGAGCAGUGGCACGUGUGGGGAUGCCCCAUGCUGUGUGCCAGCCCUGCCGGAGCAGCCCUGAGGCUGCCCCCUGAGCUGGGAAGGUCCACAUAGGGCUGUGCUACCAUGGGGGCCCCUCUUGGCUGGGGACAUGGGCACAAGCUGCAUUUGCUGCAGGAGGUUCGAGACCAAAUGUCUCUGGGGCGGUCAACAUGGCCAGGGCCCUGCUGCCAGGCUGUGCUGGCGGGGAGAGGCAGUGACCUGCUGGGCUCUGGCUCCCCCUGGCCAGGAGGUUCCGGGGUGCUGGGCUGGGUGGAGAUGUCUCCCCUCUGUACAUAGUCUGUAUUUAUCAAUAAAGCCUUUUCAUCCUUCCUCUGG